AUGCUAUCCAGAUUUCAAACUUUGGCAACUCGCUUUGCCCCUAAAGCUUCACAAUGGACUACAAAAUCCGUAUAUUACGGUAAAAUAGGCUCUGAAUUAUCUAAACAAGUUUACUUUAGAGAAGGUUUGCAACCACCAAGCCUGGGUGAAUUUUCUUCUGUAUAUAGAAACUUGUACGAAGAGUUCAUUCAUAUUAUCCAAAAUCCAAAUGCUUUUUAUCAAAGAUGCUCUCAAGUCUCAUCUAAACAAGUUGUGAAAUUCUGUGCUUAUGGUAUCCAAGUGUUAGGAUUCUAUUCCCUUGGUGAAAUCAUUGGUAGAAGAAAAUUGGUUGGCUACAACAACUACUGA